CUAAAACGCGUUUCCUAGUUUGGCCUAAUUCGGUUUCCGUAUCUAAGGGGCGGGGCCUCCCCUGCUGUUAUUUCCGGGUUUUUUUUAUUUUGUAAACAACAUGCCGGACUCGUGCGGUGACCGAACAGAGAAAGAGCAGAAGCCUUCUCGGAAUAUUAUAACCGCGGUAUCAAAGUUUGCGGAUGAAAAUCUUACUAUUAUCCGGUGCAUCAGCACAGGGCUUGCAGUAGCCGGUGUGAUUACAAUAGCACGGAGCAUCAGGCUGAUGACCAGAUUCGUCUCCCCGUCUGAAAUCCCGGCCCGCUUCAUUGAGAAAAACGUCAGCAUUAGAGGAAAAGUCAGAAGUGUAACGGAGAGAGGGCUAGAAGUGGAACACAUCCCGAUACAUGUCCCCUUAUUGUCUCCUUUGCUGACGAAACGUCAGGUCGCGACCCCGCUGAGAGUGUGUUUGGCCGGGGUGGAUUUGACCCCAGAGGGCCAUGACUGGCUCGCUGCGACACUGAGGACAGACGAGACGGUGUGGCUACGACUGAUCAGCCGCCAGGACGAGAGCCUCCACUGCCUGGUGUCACUCAGCGGGGGUUUUCUGUUUAACACGUGUGUAAACGAGGAGAUCCUGCUCUUGGGUCUGGGCAGGACGGCGCCUAUCCACGGCCUCGACCCUCACUCGCGUCUCUACUGGAGACUCCACGCACGGCUGCUGAAGUGUGAGCUCCGGGCCGAGAGGAAGGGCCAGGGCCUCUGGAAACAGGAGAGUCUGAGAGAAAAGCUCACACGAGCCAUCGGAAACAACAGCAUGAUCGCAGCCGUAAAGAGAAUCAUAAAGUGGUCGUCGAGGACGAAGGAUCGGUGAAGAACUGUCAUGGACACCUGAGAAAUACUUUGGAUAAUAAAUAUUUCGCUUGGUUUGGUGGUGCGAUUAAACCAGUUCUACGCAAAAUCAGUAUUGAAGCCGCCGCAUUUAGCUGUUUCUAAAUACUGUGUGUUAAACAGACUGGAUCCGGUCUCUGUAUUAAGUGUUCUACGCGGUAAAUGUGUGUCACGUGGUCUCCAAGCACGUUCACGGCACAGCUGACUUACGUACGUUUAGCCACGUCCCAAAACUAUAAAAGGCAAAGCUCACAGCUGAAAAUGGCAAAAUGAUGAUUAAACGGUGAAAGAGUUCCUCCUAAGAUUGACGUGUGCUAAAUCUUCCAAUAAUGCAGCUCAGCCAUAGCAGAGUGUCGGCUACCACACACACACACACACACACACACACACACACACACUAACUCCUCCUCCUUUAUAGGGUCAAUAGCUAGUCUGAAAAGCUCAUCUUAUUUGUCUUUAUUUAUUGGUUUGAUUUGGAUUUGCUUUCUUUUAAGUCAUUACGAAGCGACUGUACUUUACAUUGGUAUGUAACUGAAAUAAAUAAGGGAUUUAACUUUGA